UUGGGAUCAGAUGGUGGAAAGGUGGUUAGGAGGUGGACUUCUGUAUUUAGUUGUGAACGGUGAAGCUCCGUUGCGUCAUAUCAAUCACUCGAGUGACUCAUGUAGUUUACAUUGUUUGCGAGCCCGUUUGUAUUGUCAUCAGCCAUGUAUAUAGAUAAUGCCGCAUUUGAUUCGCACAUGGAUCCAUAUUGUAAUAAUCAUUCAUGUUUGUAUCUCAGCAAGUGGUUGGAAGCACAAGCCUGAGCCAGUUACGAAUGCAAUUUGUGGAUUAAGGCCACCGAAAACCACGGAGAGGCUCCAUUGUGAGCACCUGUACAGAGAAAACUUAAACUUGGCGAGGUGCCCCUACGCAUUUCCGGUGUAUAUACGAGGAACUUUGGAGGACAUAGAAGUCACACAUGAUGUAAGGAGCUUUCAAAUCCGUCUUUUGCUUGACAUCAGAUGGAGCAUUGUCCAGAAUCGCUCCACGAGUUCUUCAUUCAGGCAUUCAGUCGUUGGUAGGAAUGACUCCGGUAUCGGAACGAAUGCGACUGAAGACAAACACAAAGUUUCACCUGACCUGGGGUUUUGGAUUCCUCAGCUCUUCUUGGCAUCGUCCCAGCCCCAGUCACUUCACCUCGACGUGUCCCGCGAGAAUGAUGUGGUGCAAAGCGGUGGUGUGUUCAAAGUGCAACGACGAUUGUUUUCUAGAGUGUGGUGCAAAAAUGAUUUAUGGCGUUAUCCGCUAGAUUCUCAUGAGUGUGUAUGGCAUAUCGGAGCGUUCCAGGCACAGAACUAUUCUGUACAGCUUUUUUGGGAUGAUGCAGUGUUUACUACGGGAAACCUUUCGCUGACGGGCUUCGACGUGAGUGUUUCCUUUCAAAAUCAAACGGCCCUGCAGUACGUUUCUAUUGAUAACAGACAAGUGUCUCGGCUUCCAAUCGUGGUAAAAAUCCGCAGGAAUCGAUUCCAUGCCAUCCUCCGCGUCUAUCUACCCAGUGUUUGCAUGGCCGUCAUCGCAUGGAUUUCUUUCUACAUUCCGGACGAGCUCGCCGAGGGGCGCGUCCUGGUCACCGUCCUCAACCUGGUCGGCACCAUCCAGAUGUUGCGCGUGCUACAUCAUGAUCCGCACGGGGGAGUCAUCAAGGCGAUCGACGUGUGGAUGAUCUCUAUCAUCGUCUUCAUCUGGGUGUCCGUCGUCGCGUGUCUGCUCGACCUAGACCUGGCGUUUCGCGGCAUCGAGCGCGAGCAGCAAGAGUCGCUCGACGACCUGGUCUUCUUCUACCGGCAGCCGAAGCUGGCGCGCCAGCUCGCUGACACCGGACACGCCGACGAGAGCUCACCGGCGGCGGAGCGGGUGGAGUGGAGCGAUUUCUACCAGUGGGCCCACGAGCGGCACGCGGCCCGCCACCAGCGGCCCGACGAAGCAGAGCUCGAGGACGACAGCUCCCAGUGGAGCGUUAAGUCGCUUUUGCAGAACAUGUGGGACAUCCGCAAGGAGUACCGCUGGUUCACCUGGUCCGACUAUGUGUCCAAAUGUGUAGAGAUCAUGUACCCCGUCUUCUUUUGCGUGUUUUUGGUGAUCUAUUGCCUGGUUUUCGUGCCCUACGACGAAUCGUACGACGCUGACGUCUAA